CGGGCUUGCUUAAAAGGCAGCGGGGAGCCAGCUUGCCUGUGUGACCAUGAACAGCAGUGCCUGCAGCGACAAAGGCCCGGGAGAGGUGCCAGAGGAGAGGUGCUUUCUCAGCAUCUCGGAGGCGGCCGCCCUGGAGCGGGAGCUGCUGGACGAGUACCGCUUUGGGCGGCAGCAGCUGGUGGAACUAUGCGGGCACGGCAGUGCGGUGGCUGUGGCCAAGGCGUUCCCUUUGCCCUCGCUGUCGCGCAAGCAGAGGACGGUACUGGUCGUGUGCGGCCCGGAGCAGAACGGCGCUGUGGGGCUAGCGUGUGCCCGGCACCUGCGGGUGUUCGACUACCAGCCCAGCAUCUUCUGCCCGGCGCGUUCGGCCGACGCUCUGCACUGCGACCUGACCACGCAGUGCGAGAAGAUGGACAUUCCCUUCCUGUCCUUUCUGCCCGCCGAGGUGCGGCUCAUCGAUGACGCCUACGGGCUGGUGGUGGACGCAGUGCUAGGCCCGGGAGUGAGGCCGUCGGAGGCGGGCGGGCCCUGCGCGCGCGCGCUGGCCACUCUGAAGCGGCUCUCCAUCCCGCUCGUGAGCCUGGACGUCCCCUCAGGUUGGGACACCGAGGCUGGCGGCGACGCAAAGGAUGAGGUGCAGCCCGACGUGCUAGUGUCCUUCGUUGCGCCCAAGAGCUGCGCGAGUCGCUUCUCCGGGCGCCACCACUUUGUGGUCGGAAGGUUCGUGCCUGACGACGUGCGCCGCAAGUUUGGCCUGCUCCUGCCAAAAUAUACUGGCACCGACUGCGUGGCCGCGCUGUGACCCGCACCAAUAAACAUCUCCACCACCUCUCCCUCCGCCUCCUUUGUGCGCCAGACCAAGGGGGUGAACGAGUGGAGAAGGAACUUCCCUCGCGGUUUGAGGAGAGGAGUUGCGCCGUGGAGCUUCCUAGAAUAGAGGGUAGACUCGGUUGGGACUUCCGGCUGUCGGGAGUCUCUUAAGAGUUAAGACCGAAGUUAAACACGAUAGAUAAAUUUCCAGCCGCGAAGUGUCCAGCAGUUUCAAGUUUAAGACCAAAUGGCGCCUCCCACGCGACGCGGGAUCUAGUUGGAGAAGGCGGAGGAGGAACGUGGGACGCAGUCUAAGGGCGAGGCACCGCCGGAGGCCUCGAGGAAGGGCAACCUAGAGUAGUUUAUAGGGGCGUGGCUUGCCGCCGCGUCCCGCCCCCAU